AUGUCGUCGGACCCCGCGCCUCUCAGUUACGUCGGAGAUUCUGGGUUCCAGUCAGUCGCGGCACCAGCGAUAUUCCUCGCGUGCUACACACCACUGCUCGGGGUAUUCCUGUGGAAGUCGUUCAAGAUACCGACAUAUGUGCACUAUGUUUUGGCGUUUUUCUGUGCAAUCCGAAUAGCCGCCUUCGCGAUACGCACCGCCCUGACGGCGUCUUCCACAGGAGCACAGAAUCUCAACCUCAUCAUCGCCGAUGAGACGCUCUUCGGAGUCGGCUUCUUCGGUCUGCUCUACUCAGCAUACAUCCUCGUUUUAGACCUUGAGGCCCUAUCCGACCGCCCCAAAUCUAAGAUCCGCCUCAUCCGCAUCACACAAAACCGCAGGAUGUUCCGCAUGCUCCUACUUGCCGCUGUCGUCAUCGGGGCGGUUGCUUCUUCGAUCGCGAACGGGAGCUUCACGAACUCGACGGCGAACGCGUUGAGGAAGACGAGCACGAUCAUCUUCCUGGUGUUGACGAUAUUGCAGGCGUUCCAGACGGUGUACUUUGCGUGGAUGGAGCUCCGAGAUCCUCAGAGAUACAUGGAUAUCGAUGAACCGUUCGGGAAAAGACACGCGAUCUUUAUCCUCGUUCCCAUCUCUCUGCUCCUACUCAUCCGUGAGAUCUUCCUCACGGCCACGAUCAACAACCCGCGAAAGCAGAUCCAGGAGAGCCUGUGGUAUCCAUUCGUCGCCCUGCCCGAAAUACUCGCGGUAAUUCUGUACACUAUCCCAGGACUUAUUCCGGCAAGGAAAGAGCUUCCACGGUGCUAG